AUGCACACCCGAGGGUUUCCCCACCUCUUCUUCUACUGGAGCUGUUACCAAUAUGCAGCAGCCAUGCCCCCUUAUUUACUGUUGCCCCCAUUGCUGGUCUCCUGCUCUGACCAACAGAACCAUAUCUAUCCACAGCGAGAUGACCAGCUGCACACCUCAUGUCUGUGGGGUCGGGAUCCUGAGCUGCAUUAUUUAAGAGCUACAGGACUUGUUUCCAGGACUGGGAAGGAACAAACAGAAUUGCCAUCUUCUCAGUGCCACUGGUACUGGAGCUCCACCUUUGUGCACAAUAUGAUUCUUUGGUCAGGCCGGAUAGUGCUGGGCCCUAACUUAGCACGAAGGGACAUGCAUCCACCUCACGACUCCAACCACGUCACCAUUCAGUGUGUAUCACCUUCCUGUACAGUGCCGGCAUGCCUUCAUCGCAAUCUGAGCAUCGAGGUGUUUGGCCAAGAGGUCCAUCUCUUCCUGCUUUGGCCGCUCACACUUCCUGUCCAUGAGUGGCAGCCAGUGCAGCUGGGUUGGUGUGCAGGCCUCAACACUUCAAGCUGGCGCUACCACUAUAGUAGCCGAUGGGGUAGCCCCAUGGCACUUCUCCUUCCCACCAGCUAUAGUUCAGAUCCUCCACCAUCUGCUCACUGCCAUAGUGAUGAACUGCACCACACGUGCACCUCCUACUUCAACUAUCACCUGAUCGUGCAUUACACCCACCAAGGAUUAUAUAUUUCUUCCCUCCACAUUAAGCAAGGGCCUCGGGUCAGCCUUAGCCAGGACUUGAAGGUGGAACCCACUCUACUACACAUUUUCAGUAUACGUUCCAAAGUGCUCAGCAUCUUCCAUAAGGCUACCAGCCUGUCCUGGAGCCUCCUACCUCUGAGUUCCCAAAAAAUUGCCUAUAGACUAUUGGAUGCUAAAUGUAGGGGAGUCUGGUCUACCUUCUACAAUCCAUAUGCCCUGCAGAAUAAUUACUCUACUGACCAUAUUCCACAGCAUUUGAGGAAGAAGGUAGUGGCCAGUGUCUGCUUUUAUAUUGAUGAGGCAUGGCUUGGGGAGCUGAAUGGGGAGCUAGGUUACUACAAUGGUACCUUAAAUCUAACAUUGAGGAGUGAGCCUCCAGUUUAUCUCACUUUCAACACACAGAAAAUCAAGAUAGGCACUUAUUUUUUUAGCCGUACGCAGGGACUCUAUUAUUCCAUCCAAGAAAGAAAUGCUACCGAUGCUACUGGCAACCGCUCCAGUAUUCACUACAUUUUUUACCAGCAGCAGAGCCUUUCUUACCUGAUCACCAUUGAGUUUGUCCAACUGCGGUGGUACAAGUUCAAUUUACAUCUAUAUCUCAACAGGAAAGGAGCCCUUGUGAGGACUUUUUCAGAGAAAGAUAUAGAAAUUCACAUUUUCAAUAGUGGUCCUUCAUUUUUACAAAGUUUGGUCUAUAUUGUGUGGUUUAUUCCUUUGCAACAUCCCCUACUGCAGUGUGAGUGGACCUUCAACUUGCAACUUUUUGAUUCAAGGAAAGAGUACUUCUUUUGGAAUGAUACCUACGCUUACAGGGAUCGUGUCAAAAAUGCUGCCCAUUUUAUUCCUCGCUCUGCUUUACCUUUCAACCCUGCCUUGUAUGAUGGCUUUGUAGCACAAAUGAACUGUACAAGAAGUGGACACACACAUGCUAUUUUAAAAGCUACAGUCAACACUUAUGCUUCAAAGGUUGUGCAGUCCACAGUGGCUUGCCUUCAACGAAUUUGUUUAAUUAAGGAAGUUAAAAUACAGAAAUCUGAUUGUGUCUUAAAUUUUAGUAAAAGGGUACCAUUUACUCUCUCUGCUGAUACACAGAUGAACUGCUCAGCUCUUAAACAAAAAGUGAUAUCUUGGAAAAUCUAUAAAGUCCCAGAUGUGAAGACUACUCCAGACUGGUCAAAACCUUUUAACCCACCUGGCAUUGGAAGAAAAAACCUUAUAAAGUUAGAAGUUCCUGGCUCAAUCUUAGAUGAAGGCUUGUAUCUCUUUAACUUGACAGUAAAAUUAACCACAAUGGAUACUUUAGAGAGUGUGGAAGGCUCUGAUUCAGUGUUUGUCAAGAUUGGGUCAGGGAGUCUUGUGGCUGUCAUUGCCGGAGGCAAUUUGCAGACAGUUGGUUCUUCUAACCAGUGGACUCUGGAUGGCUCUUCUUCCUCUGAUUCUGAUGCAACCCAGCCCUUCGAAGGAUUGAUAUUUACUUGGUACUGCACAAAACAAAAAGCAGACUAUAUAUCCAUGAACCUAAGUGUAAAUGGGAAAUGUCAUCCAGAACAGGUGGAUUUAAAAUGGACAACAUCCUCUGAUCCAGUUCAAACUGUGCUACCCAAAACACUUCAGGAAAACGCUGCAUAUCAUUUUCUCCUGGUGGUUCAGAAAGGAAGCCAAACAGCUCAGGCUGAACAAACAGUACAUGUGCAGCCUGACUCUGCCCUAAUUCUGAAUGUCACAUGCAUUGAAAACUGUAGUAAGUCAGUAAUACCAACAGAAAGAUUUUGUCUUUCUGGCAAGUGCCUCAAUUGCAGAAAAUUUUGUCGACUACUAUACCAUUGGUCACUUUUCUCAGGAAGCUCAACUGAGAUACAUUUUGAUUGGGAUUCCAAGACUACAACUGGGAGAGCUAAUCCAUACAUAUGUCUAAAUUCUUUGACCUUUAUAAAUGUGACAGAACAAUCAUAUACAUUGGUUUUAAAAGUGACCAUGUGGGGAAAUAAGUCAUCAGUCUAUAAUUAUUUAUUUUUUGUAAAUUCACCACCACUGGAUGGAAACUGUGUGCUUAACCCAAUCACAGGAAUGGCAUGCCUAACAAAAUUCAUUGUUCACUGUAGUGGGUUUAAAGAUAAAAACUUGUCUCUUACAUAUAAAGUCAAAGCAGCAUUGGAUACACUAACAAUUACUAGAAUGUCUUCUAUAGAGAAUAGUACCUUAGGAACGACUGUGUAUUUUGGUUAUCUGUCUAAAAUUCCACCUUCUUAUUUACCCAUUGGUGUACCCUCUAAGCAGUAUGCGUUGACAAUAUAUGUUGAAGUAUAUGAUGCACUUGGAGCAUAUUCCCGAAUAACUUUACAGACAACAGUGAAUGGCCCAUUAAAAGGCAAGCAAACAGACAUUAUUCUAAAUGAGUUACAUGGGUUAACCAGUGGACCAAGAGCUCCAAUAACAUCUUUUAUCGAAAGUGGGGAUUAUUUUAGUGCAGGUUAUUUUGUCUACAUGGUGGCGUCUACUUUAAAUGAUAUAGAAACUUUGCAAAGAUUUCAUUCCUCUAAAACUGAACUGCGUGAAAACCUUCUAAAUAGGUCUGCGGGAAUCCCUACAAUAGAUAUAAUGGAGGCAACCCAAAUGAUCUCAUGUAUUUUUCAAAUAACACAGGAAGUCACUGAAAUUAACAGGAACUCACAACUACUUGCUGUCAGAAAACUCAAAGAAGUGAGUGAAGAACUGAAAAAGCGUAGCAAUAAAGACCUAGGAUCUAAGGAAAUCAAGAUUCUUGGCACUGUUAUUCUAGCAGGGUUGUCGAAUGUCCUGAAAGCUGCUCUGUUAGAACACAGAAAUGUUCACAGAAAUGGGGUUAAGGAAACCAUCUCUGCUACUGAGAUUUUAGCAGACCUAGUCUUACGAGGUAAAGUCCCAGGAGAAAAUGAAACUAUUAUGGAAGCCAAAGACUGGACUAUCACGUUAAGAAAAGAUGAAAAGCGGGAUGUUUCUGGUGCUUUCUCUAAGAGAAAAGACUGCAAGAACUGUUUUUAUCCCAAAAUGAAGCGGGAGGAGAAUGACAAAUUACCAGUGGGUGCUGUGGUUUCCACUGUUCUUUAUGAAUUUGACAAGAACCCUUUUCCUUGGUUGCCAUUUACAGAUGAUAUUGGCACAAUGGUGACUGGGUUCAAAAUGACAGGAACCAAAUCUAAUGGUGAUAUGAUUGGGAUCAUGCCUGAUAAAGUUGAAAUGAUCAUGAAUAGAAAAGAUAGGAAGACUGCUAUCUUUGAAAUGAUGAUGGGAUGUGACAAAAAGCUGUCUAAAGCAACUGGAGAAUUUAGUUUUGAAGUAUACAGGAAGUCUAAAGAUGUUUUCAUCCAGAUUGUGACAAAACUGAAGCGCAAUUUCCAGAUAUUUAUAUAUCCAGGUCUCAAGGUCAGUCAUUCUCCUGUAGCUUCUUUUAAUGCUUCUCAUAACAAGCCUGUAGUACCAAGGGAAAAGAUUGCCAGUUACGACUGUGCACUUCAGACUCCUUAUAUAUUUUGUCUUCCCCAGACGUUGCUCAGAUCCAUGUUCCAAGACAGCACAGCAGAAAAACUGAACAUCUCCUUUGUUUUACAGUCGCCCCUUUUUGCGUGCAACCAAGGCAAUCAGCUAGUUGGCAUUGUGCUUUUCACUGCUGACUGUUUGUACCUGAACGGAGUCCAAAGUCACUGGAAAGAAGGCUUCUGUCGCCUUGGCCCUCAGACCACCUGGAAAAAGGUACACUGCAUCUGCACAGGGAAUAAACGCACUUCAAGGACCGCAAACCCUCAACUAAGAAGAACCUCCUAUGAUGACAUCACAUUUUUAGCUGGGAAAGUAACUGCAUACCCCAAUCCAGUAGAUAUGAAAAGGACCCAGUUAGCCCAAAUUCACAAAAACCCAGUGACAAUGUUGACAGUACUUUUCAUUUUUGUAGUAUACAUCUUCUUAGCUAUUUGGGCAAUGAGAAAAGAUAGGGCUGAUAUGAAAAGUAGAGACCAUGUCAUAGUUUUGCCAGACAAUGACCCCUUUGAUAAAGUGUGCUACCUGAUCACAAUAUACACAGGCAGCCGUUUUGGAGCAGGAAGUACAGCUGAUGUUUUUGUUCAACUGAUAGGAGAAAGAACGGUCAGUGACAUACACUGCUUAAGGCACCCUGAACACCUGACUUUUCUUCGAGGGGCCAUCAAUACUUUUCUCCUAACUACUAAGAAUGACCUAGGAGAUAUUUAUUGCUUUCGAGUCUGGCACAAUAAUGUGGGUUCUUCCCCUAAUUGGUUCUUGAGUAGAAUCAAAGUGGAAAAUAUAUACACCAAACAGUCUUGGAUGUUCAUGUGCCGAAAAUGGUUUGCCUUUGAUAAAGACAAUGGCUUAAUAGAGAGGUCAUUUAUUGCUGCUCACAGAUCUGAGCCUUUGAACAAAAUGGAUUUCUUCUUGAUAAGCUUGUCCAAUGAUCUGGUAGAUAAUCACUUAUGGCUCUCUAUCUUUGCUCAUGUCUGCACCGGUUCUUUGAACAGACUCCAACGGCUAUCCUGUUGCUUAGCAAUCCUGUUUUGCAUCCUGCUAGUCAACAUUAUGUUAUUCAGUGCUGACGAGGAUCUACAAAUGUUUUCUGAACAUCUACAAUAUUUGAGACCCGUAAUAAUCGGAAUUCAAAGUGCUUUCAUUUCCAUCCCUUUGCAGAUGAUUAUAGCAGCUUUGUUCAAAUAUGCUCAGAAGGAACCUUCUGUACAGAACGCAACUCAAACUCCACCUAAAGAAUAUUCUGCUUUCAUGUCUGGAAAUUUUAGGAAUUGGAAGGAGCGUCUGCAGAAAUGGUACCUUGUAGAAACGGCUUCAAAAGGGCCCUGGCAUAGUUUCCCAGGUAGCUCUUCCAACGCCCCAGGUUCAUGUAAACUGAAAAAAACAAAAUGCAGACCAACAACGAAAGGUUGGUCCAACUGCACAAUUUCUGAGGGUGAUGCAAAUUUAAUUGCCACAGAAGAGGACAUACCACAAGAUGCCAGUGCCAACAACAAUUUUAGUAAUAAUUAUGUGGGAAAGGAAACAUCUCCUCAGAGAAAACCAAUGAAAAUUGCCAGCAUGCUCUUUUGUAAGAGGCCACAAAUAACAACAACAACAUGGUGGAAUAGAUAUGUCUCAUGGAUGUUGGCCUUGGUCAUUUCUACAGUGUCAUCAUUUUUUAUCAUAUUCUAUGGUUUGUCUUAUGACUAUGAAACAUCAUUAGAGUGGCUAGUAGCAUCCACUAUCUCAUUGGGUGCGAGUGUGUUUUUGCUUGAAACCCUGAACAUCCUUUUUUUUUCAGCUUUGAAGACACUUUAUCCAAAAUACUGUGAAAACAUUCCAUGGUCAAGCAAAGAGACCUACUUAGAGAUUAAACUGAAUGACAUAAAUAUGGAUGCGGAUGAUAUGCGUGAAUUACAUUAUGACCUAGUUAGAAUGAGAGGUGCCAAGUAUUACCAGCCCUUGGAAGAAGAUGAAAUCACAAUUUUUGAGAAAAGACAGAAGAUUCAACACCAAGCUUUUGUUUUCAUCAAGGAUGUUAUAUGUCAUUUUGUCUUUUUAAUUCUUAUUUUACAGAUUGCCUACUCAAUGGAAAAUACCACUAGUUUUUACUACAAUCAAGAUAUUCAUAAUAAAUUCUCUCUGGGACUUACAGAUGUCAAUAAAGUAGAGCACAUUUACAUUUGGCUGAGAGAAAUCUUUCUGCCCUUGAUUCACAAUGACCAUCGCUCCAGCUAUCUUUCAAAUACUUGGUCUAAAAUUCUUGGAUUACCCAGGAUGCGGCAAAUAAGGGCAAAGAAUACUAAAAAAGAAUGUUUCUACCCACACAGUUUUAUAAAUAAAUUUGUGAUUAGUAAAAGCCAUUGCCUGCACAAGUAUGGCCUCGACCAAGAAGAUCAGAGAGACCAUCUUGAAUCUUGGACAAACCCAGCCAAUACAUCUGUUUCUAAUAAUAUCAGCAAUUUUUCAGGCUUCACUUAUCAAUCAGUCACCGAUCCAUGGAAAUAUAGUUCAUAUGGAGAACUACACACAUAUGAAGCAGGAGGGUAUACUUUUAAUAUUUAUCCAAAAGAAGAACUGCAUAAUUCAACAAAAAGAAUAGCUAUUUUAGAAAGGAGCAGCUGGCUAGAUGAAAACACCUGGGCACUGAUAGUUGAGAUGACAACUUUUAAUUCAGAUGUAGCUUUAUUUUGUAGUAUCUCAGUUGUAUUUGAGAUUUCUCAUUUGGGUCCUAUUAACACAAGCUUGUUGAUCCAUUCAUACAAACUCCCCAUUUUCAAACAGCUGAGCAAGAUGGAAAAGUUUGUUUAUAUAGCUGUUGGUUAUAUUCUUGUCUUUUAUAUCAUAGAUGAAUUAUGCGUGGUAGAACAGCAAAGGUUAAAAUACAUAAAAACUGUUUCAAAUUUAAUUAACUUUGGAAUAAAAGGAGUAUGUCUGUUCUUUCUUUUGCAGCUGGCCUUCAAAUUUAAACUGGCUUCUAGCGUAAUAGAGUUGUAUUUACUUCAUCCAGAUGAAUUCAUUCCCUUCCAUAAAGCUUCUCAUGUUGAUAAAACAUUGCGGAUAACGCUGGGUUUUUUGGCUUUCCUUAUUGUUUUGAAAACUCUCAGGUAUUCACGGUUCUUCUACGAUGUGCGGUUGGCCCAAAGGUCUAUUUUAGCAGCCCUUCCAGGCAUCUGUUCUAUGGCUCUUGUAGUAGCAGUGUACUUUUUUGUAUAUAUGGCAUUUGGCUAUCUCGUAUUUGGCCAGUAUGAAUGGAACUACAAUACAAUGACUCACUCUGCUCAGACAGUGUUCUCUUAUUGCGUUUCAGCUUUUAAAGAUACAGCCUUUACAUCCAAUCGGUUACUGGGGGGUCUCUUCCUAGCUUCAUUUAUGAUGGUGAUGAUCUGUGUUUUGAUCAAUUUGUUUCAAGCUGUGAUUAUGUCCGCCUAUGAGGACAUGAAGCAACCUGUCUACGAAGAACCUUCUGAUGAAGCAGAAGUAGUAAAUUUUCUGUUCCACAAGAUCCGCAGGAUCUGGUAUUUUGUAACCUGCAGAUCAGCAUCUACAACUGAUACAGAACUUUUCAAUAGAGUUUUGUUUGGGCAUCCUGAGCAAAGAAACACACAGCACCUAGGGCUCAAAGCCAGAAAAAUAAAUGGCCGGAAAAUGGUUUAUCUUGUCAUUUGA